AUGUUGCACAGUUUGUGUCAUCAUUUACAGAUCCCGUGCGUGGCCGUCUCGAAUUUCGGCCUUUCGACAACCGUGAGCGAUUUCCUGACCCAGCUGGGACCGAGGAGAGGGCUAGCCGCGCAAGCCACCCGCGAGUUCAUCCACAACCUGCGGUGGAACAGCUUUCUGCUGGCAUAUCAGGCGGAUUCCGACCUCGAGGAAGUGGCGCCGCUGAUGACCGACCGGAACGAUGAUGAUCAUCUGACGAUGCGGCCGAGCGUCAAGGUGAAAAAGUUGCCGCGGAGCACCGACGAGUUCGAGCCGUUCUUGAAAUACAUCCGGAACAAGUUGAAGCAGACGAAUAUCGUGGUCCACUCGAACAACAUCACCAUCCUGUACAGCCUCAUCCAGCUGGCCAGAGGGAUGAACAUGACCGAGCAGCCGUACAGCUACGUCUUUACGCAUACGGACCUCUCCCUGCUCGAAGACUUCCUCAACAACAUUGGCCCGUUCCAUUGUAACAUCACUGGGCUGCAGCUUGUCAAGAACGACCCGAUGAUGAAGACCGAGCUGGCCCUUACGACCGAGACAGUAUCGGCGAUCGGAGCCGCGGUAGCGAAGCUCCAAGAGCUCGGCUACCCUCCGCGCCCAGCUUCAUUACUCUGCGAUGCUCGGGACAGUUGGAGAGACGGGAAACGAAUGCACGAGGCGAUUCGGAAGCUU